CCCGGAAGCGGAUCGCGGAACCGGGGUGGCAGCGCGGCGCGAUUGACUUCUAAAGACUUACAUUGCCUGAGGAAGCAGCUCUGAGGAAGAGGAGGGAAGAAAAGGAGUCAGGAAUGGCUGUCACUGAGGGUCUGCUGACAUUCAGGGAUGUGGCCAUUGAAUUCUCCCAGGAGGAGUGGAAGUGCCUGGUUCCUGCCCAGAGGGUGCUGUACAGGGAGGUGAUGCUGGAGACCUACAGGAACCUGGUCUCCCUGGGAAUGUGUCCUUUAGACCUGAGUGUCAUGUCCUUGUUGGAUCAAGGAAGGCAGCCCUGGCCUGUGGAUGGCCAAGUGGAAAUGUGCAACACACCACGUAGGGGGGCAUGUGUGGCAGGUAUGAAAGCAGACGUUGCUCCCGAAUGUGUCAUCAAGGAAUUUCCACCAAAAUGGAAGAGUAGUAUGGGAGAAAUACUCCACCCAGUGACACUGCAAACACAUGAGAUCCAUGUCAUUGAAGGAUUGUGCUUCAUGGAAACCCAGAGAAGUACAUGGGACUUAGAGUGUCAUUGGAAAAAUGUCAGAAAACUUUACACAAGAUUUUGCAUGGCUGGAAAGGAAAGUUCCCCCGGUGGCAGAGAUGAACAUGGAGGAAGGGAUGCAGGGAAGACACUCAUCAACUGUUGGCUUGGGUUGAGAUUUCAGUCAUAUCUGCCUGAAUCACAGCCCUUUCAAGAUGAAGGGAACCUUCAUAAAUGGAAUGACAGUGAACAGACUAUCAACAGUGUUUCCCUGCUUCCUGCCCACCAAAGAAUUCCUUCUAGUAUUAAAGCAAAUAUUUCUCAUAAAUAUGAACAUGAUUUUAUAGAUUCCUUUUUAUUUGUGCAAGAACAGAAAACAGACAUUCCUUCAGCAGCUUACAAAGGUAAUGAGUUUGGAAAAUUGUUUAAUCAAGACUCACACUGUACUGCAUAUCAGACAAUCAAUACUGGAAAGAAACGAUUUACGUGUGAAAUAUGUGGCAAGGUCUUCAAUCAAAAAUCAAACCUUACUAGUCAUCGUAGAAUUCAUACUGGAGAGAGACCCUACAAGUGUAACGAGUGUGGGAAGUUAUUCAAUCACAUUUCACACCUUGCACAACAUCGCAGAAUCCACACUGGAGAGAAACCUUUCAGAUGUGAUGAGUGUGGUAAGGUCUUCAGUCACAAGUCCUACUUAGCAAACCACAGGAGAAUUCACACUGGGGAGAAACCUUACAAGUGUGAUGCAUGUGGCAAGGGCUUCAGUCAGAUUUCACACCUGGCAAGUCAUCGUAGAAUCCAUACUGGAGAGAAACCUUUCAAAUGUGAUGAAUGUGGAAAAGUCUUUCACCAAAUUUCACACCUUGCACAACAUCGAACAAUUCAUACAGGAGAGAAACCUUUCAAAUGUAAUGAGUGUGGCAAAGUCUUCAGUCGCAACUCAUACCUCAUUCAACAUCUGAUAAUACACACGGGGGAAAAACCGUAUAAAUGCCAUGAGUGCAGCAAGGUCUUUAGUCACAUUUCACACCUUGUACAACAUCGGAGAAUCCACACUGGAGAGAAACCUUACAAAUGCAAUGAAUGUGGCAGUGUUUUCAGUCAUAGGUCUUCCCUAGCAAAUCAUCAAAGAAUCCACACUGGAGAGAAACCUUUCAAAUGCAAUGAGUGUGGCAAGGUCUUCAGUCGCAACUCAUACCUAGUAGAACAUCUGAUAAUGCAUACUGGGGAGAAGCCUUACAAAUGCAGUGAUUGUGGCAAGGUAUUCAGCCGCAAUUCACAUCUUGCAUGUCAUCGCAGAAUCCAUACUGGGGAGAAACCUUACAAAUGUAAUGACUGUGGCAAGGUCUUCAGUCAAAAUUCAUACCUAGCAUGUCAUCGCAGAAUCCAUACUGGGGAGAAACCUUACAAAUGUAACGACUGUGGCAAAGUCUUUAGUCUGAAUUCAUCCCUAGCACAUCACCGGAGGAUUCAUACUGAAGAGAAGCCUUAGACACAUAUUCACUGUAUACAAGGGUGGUGGGGCUCACUUGUAAUUCCAGCUACUUUGGAAAGAGGCAGGAGGAUGACACGUGCAAAUCUUGCCUGAACAGCAUGGGCAGACUGCCUCAAAAUAAAGAACUGGGGAUGUAGCUCAAUGGGAGAAUAAUCACCUAGCAUGUUUGUGUCCCUGGGUUCAAUCCCCAAACACAAAUCAGGAAACAAAACAAAACAAAACAAAACCCAAUGUAAUAAAUGUGCUGAGAUCUUCAGAUUGCCUUCUCCCAUACCAAGCAGUUGUGGUACAGAGAAACCCUAUAAAUAUGAUGAUUGGCAAAGCCUGUAGGUUGUAUCUGUCCAAUCUUGUGAUCCAUACCAAGAGGGCAUGGAAGGUGUUCACUGACAUUUCCUACCAUGCACAUUGUUAAGAUCCCAUCUUAGAGAAGAAACCACAAGUGUAUUAGGCAAAUUCUCAGCAUUCACUCCAUGCAAGACCACUGAGAGUUCCUAAUGGAGAAAGUAUCUCCCAUGUGUAAUGAAAAUGCAGAGCCUUAGGCCUCAUUUAAAGCUUAGUAACCUUCAGUGAGUCAGUGAUGGAGAGGCACCUUACCCAUGCAUUGCAUGUAAACAGGCCCUAAGGUAAAAGUCUGUCUUUAAGACAGACUGGCCAGGUUUUUCUCCGGCAGAUGUACAAAUAGUGACAAAUCAUUAGUGUGCACUCAGCUCUCUGUACACAUCAGGUAAGGCACAAAAGCAUAAUGACUUUGGCUAAGCCUGUCUUCGGUGCUCCUGUUUCCAUAGACAUAAGUUGAUCCACGCUGAAGAGAGACCACAGAAGUGUCUGCCUAUGCCAAGGUCUUCUGGCACAGUUCACAGCUUGCACAUCUUUGGAGAAGAUGUUCUGGAGAUAUAGCUUGAAUGCAAGGAAGGUGGCAUCCCCACAUCAUGAGUACAAGCAGUAGUCAAAGUCCAUGCUAAAGAGCAACAUCUGUAAAACUCAGAGCACAUAGGACAAAGGCUUCCAGGCCUCAGAAGCCAGUGGGCAUUAAAGGGACAUCUUUGAGAAAGCUGUACAAGAGUCAUGUGCAUGGUGGAGAUUAGAACACAAUGAUUGACUCAGAGUGCAACCUUCAACGUGUCAGAAAUGUGCUGAUUUUUUUGUCAAACAUUUGUGAUUUUGUUGUCCUGAGAUUUAUUCUGGUGAGAAAUCAGACAGACACUGUGACACUGGAUAGUUCAUUCAUCAAGGGAGUGUCCUGAGCAUUCACCAGUGAUUCCAUCCUAGAAGACUGUAACAAAUGUACUGGAGUGUGACAUUAUUUCCCAAUUCUCACAUAAUACUCCAUGUCAGAAUUUAUAGAACAAUAAGUCUCUGAUUCCUCAAGAUUAGCUUCUGGUCUUGCAUACUGUGGAGUAAUUACAAGUCAGAACCUGUUGAAUCUCAUGACAUGUCAAAGGUGCAGGGAUGUUUGAGAAGUAUCAGUUAUCAUCAAGCUGUAAAGUGUCUCUUUCAUAGAGAUUUCUUGGAAAGAUCCCUUGCUCAUCUUGGGUUCUGUGCCUUAUAGAGCUAUCAUGGUUGUGUUCAGAAAGGAACCUAUGGGAGCAAAGGCCUUACUUCAUGAAUGAGAAUCACUGCUGUCCUUGUUCCUGGAGGAAGAGGACACUACUAAAAUUCAGUAGUGUCUGCACGAAGGAGUAUUUGGAAGGGGCUGAGCAGGAUGUAGAAUUAGGAUGUUGGUUGUCCUGCUUGUUGUGGUCUGUGCACCCUUGUCCACAUGAUCCAGUGUGAGAUGUAGGAACCCUCUACCAACUGCCUGAAGAAGGGCAGCCAAGACCAUAGGCACUGGCUUUGUAUUGAAGAAGAGGACUGUGUUCUUAGGGACUAUCUAGGUCCAGGAAGAAUGCAGGGAAAUGGUGGCCACCUGCUGCGUUUAAUGACCACAGAUGUUUAGCAUGAUUGGUGAGUAAUUUUUCUAGUUCUUGUAACUGAAUAGUUAUCAGAGAGAAGAGACCAACCUGAAGAACCAAAGCAGCAUGUUCUUCAUGAGGAAUCACCUUUACCUGCUGAUGUUACAUUUACUUCUGAUUUAUUCAGAAUCCAUAUGGUAAUUAACAAUAUAAUCUUUUCACAUAAGUCUGAGUGAAUCAUGUUUCUCCUACAACACAAUUUUGUUGCACCUCAGUGGGAUUCUUUAUAUUAGCAAUUUACCACACACCAUUAGUGUCCUAAGGUUCAAAGAGAUUUCUAACAGAUUUUCUUCUUCCAUGGUGGAUUGAACAUAUAAUCUUGGGAACAGAUAAUCAUGCUUUGUACCUGAGUUAUUCUGUGCUCUGCCCUAGAGUAAGUAUGUAGGAGGAUGAAAGUUCCGCCAAAGUGCUUCUUCAGACAUGGACACCUGAGAGUCUGCAUCAUUGUUGAUAAAUGUGCAACUUAUAUUACAUUUUCCUUUCCCUUCUUCCUCAGCACUGGACAUUAAGCCCAAGGCCCACUUAACAUCGAGGGACAUCCCUAACCCCUUUAUUUGUUUAUUUAAUCAUUGGUUUAUUUAUUUAUUUAUUUAUUUCAAUCUUGGAAAAGACCUUGCUGAGUUACCCAGUCUGGUAUUUAAUGUGCAUCCUCCAUUCUUAGUCUCACUAGUCCCUGGGAUUAAAAGCAUACACCACCAUCGU